UAGUCCUUAAAAGUUGUAAACAAAUGCUCGACUAAAUUGCAGGCUUGUUUAAUCAUUCUUUAGAUAAAUCAUAUUCUAUAGGUUUAAAUACUUGUUCUUUGUAGUUUUUAUAUUCGUAAUUCAAAAAGUACUUCUGUUAAUGUGUAUACGAUGUUCAAAACAUCUUGUUCAUUCUGUUUUAUUUAAGCUGCUGUUAACAAAACAAAACAAAAAGAGACUUGUUUUGAAUUUUGUGAAGGGGUAGCAGCAAUGAAGUGAAUCUUUUUGGUGAUGGUAGUUGGCGCGGACAGAUACCGAUACAAAAUCAGCCCGGAUUCAUGCGCUAUAAGUGAUUGCCUUUUAAAGGUGAAGGUAUUGUUCUGCGUUUCAUUGUGCUUGAAGAUAGCAUAGGAUAAUAGUCAAGAAAAUAUUGUUAUCUAACAGCUUGAAAUUAGUUUCUACUGCCAUAGUAAAAGAAGAAACAAAGGAAUUUUUGUUUUAUAGCAGGACUAUAAUUAUGUGACAUGUUAUUUUAUUAUGAUCCUUAUGUCACCGAUUUUCAUUCAUUUAUUGGGUUAUGCACCAUUGAUUUAUUGAUAAUACAUUAGAUAUUUCGAUCGGCUUUGCUUUCAAAGCCUCUUAAUAGGUAGUGAUAUAAGUAUAGAUUAAUAGCGUAAUCACUCAUUUUAGAAAACAAUUUUCUUGUAAUAUAUGUAUUGUGAUCUGGUCUAAAACAGUCGCCCCUUUUAAAACCUUGUAAUUUCAGUACAUGCAAGAGUCUUUAGAUAAUUAAGCUACUUAAUUUUAUAGAGGGUGGCAGUAUAUUUAAUAUGAGUGUUUUAAUAGGCAGCACCUUGCUAGCACCUACUUUUCAUGCUGAUGAGAAACGUUAUUCCUGUAUCAUAUGCAAGAAGCAUUUUCCAUCAAAUUCUCAGCUAAUUUAUCACAGUCGUGUUCAUACUGGGGAGAAACCAUAUUCAUGUGAUAUAUGCAAUGUGAGUUUUUCAAAGAAGGGCAAUCUAAGUAGACACAACAGUCGUAUUCACACUGAUUGGAAGCUUUAUUUUUGUAGUGUAUGCAAUGAGAGUUUUUUGAUGAAAAGAGACUUAACUAGGCACACUCGUAUUCAUACAGGAGAGAAACCUUAUUCUUGUACUGUAUGUAAUGAGAGUUUUUCGAGUCAGAGUGUCUUAACUGCCCAUUGUCGUGUUCAUGCUGGUGUCAAACCUUAUUCAUGUAAUAUAUGCAAGAAGCAUUUUCCAUCAAAUUCUCAGCUAAUUUAUCAUAGUAAUGUUCAUACUGGGGAGAAACCAUAUUCAUGUGAUGUAUGUAAUGUGAGUUUUUCAAAGAAGGGUAAUCUCACCACACACAGUCGUAUUCAUGCUAAUCGGAAAUCUUUCUUUUGUAGCAUAUGCAACACAAGUUUUUCAAUGAAGAGGGAUUUAAAUAGACACAUUCGUGCUCAUAUUGGAGAGAAACCUUAUUCUUGUUCUGUAUGUAAUAAGAGUUUUCCGUAUAAGAGUAACUUAAUUGUCCAUAGUCAUGUUCAUACUGGUGAGAAACCUUAUUCAUGCAAUAUAUGUAAUAAGAGUUUUUCACAGAAGCGUCUACUAACCACACAUAGUCUUACUCAUUCUGGUGAGAGACCUUAUCCUUGUAAUAUUUGUAACAAGAGUUUUUUGCAGAAGGAUGAACUAAUUAAACACUUCUCUGUUCAUAUUAGUGAAGGACUUUAUUCUUGUACUAUAUGUAAUAAGAGUUUUUCAAAGAGCUACUUUCUAACUGAACACAUGCGUAUUCAUAAUGUAGAGAAACAGUUUUCUUGUGCUAUGUGUAGCAAAAGUUUUUCAAAGAACUACUCUCUGACUGAACACAUUCGUAUUCAUACUGGGGAGAAACCGUUUUCUUGUACUAUAUGCAAUAAGAGUUUCACGUGCAAGACUUAUUUGACUGUCCACAUUCGUACUCAUACUGGUCAAAAACCUUUUUCGUGUACUACAUGCAAUCAGAGUUUCGCACAGAGGAGUGUCUUAACUGCCCAUAAGCGAAUUCAUUCUGGUGAGAAACCAUAUUCUUGUACAAUAUGUAAUAAGAGAUUUUUAACUAAGAGCACCUUAAAUGUUCAUAGUCGUGUUCAUAGUGGUGAGAAACCUUAUUCAUGUAGUAUAUGUAAUAAGAGUUUUAAAAAGAGAGAGAGUUUAAAUAAACACAACCGUGUUCAUAUUGGUGAAUAACCUUAUUCUUGUUGUACAUGUAAUAAGAGUUUUUCACUGAUAAGUAAUCUUACUAAACACCGUCUUGUUAAUAUUUAUGAGUAAUGCAAAACCUUAUUCUUGUACAAUCUGUAACUAGAGUUUUUCACACAGAAAUCAUCUUAGUAGUCAUAGUCAUAUUCAUACUAUUUAGAAACCUUGUAAAAUUUGUAAUAAGAUUUUUUUCUCAAAGGUUUACUUGAACUCCUCACUAUCUUGUUCACAUUACUGAGUAGUUUCAUUCUUGUAGUAAAUGUAAUAAAAAAAAUUUACAUCAAA